AUGUCGGAUCUCGGCUGUAGCGCAGCUGAAUUGGUUUUAGGCACUACCCUCCGUCUGCCAGGCGAGAUGGUCCCCCCAACCUCUCGUUGGGCCGACGAGACUCCUGACAACCUUGUGCACCGUUUGCGGCAAUUUAUGCGCUGGCUUUCCCCGGUUCCACCUCGAGCUCCAAUGACUGAGUCUUAUGUCGAAAAAGACCUGGACAAGUGUACUCAUGUGUUCGUCCAGUGUGACCGUGUGUGCCAGCCGCUGGAAUCACCAUACGAAGGACCGUUCCGCGUGCUCGCGCGCAAAACCAAGACCUUCCGGAUUCUUCGCAGUGACAAGGAGGACGUGGUCAGUGUCGAUCGGGUCAAGGCUGCUGUUGCAGAGGAGCCGCCGGACCUGUCACAAGGACAAAAAUGCGCUGACCCCCUAACCCCUGUUCCUCCAUCUUCCCUAUCUCCUGCUCAUGCACCCUGCCCACUACUUCGCCCUUCCCCUUUCCGAACCUCAAUCCCUCCGCGCCGUAAACUUCCUCUGCCCUCAUGUCCGCAACCCACAACUGCAACUACCCCUUUCAUCAACCAACAACACUGUCAUCGCGAGCCAUACUCACUCUACCCCUGUGCCUCCUGCAUAUAUCACCCGUAG